UUGAUAAUCUGAGUGUGGGUGACUCGACAUCAAACUGUGCCCUCUCUUGUUCUGGAAGUGGAAGAAGUUGAGUCUCCUCAGUCAUCCGCCGGCGCCGCCUCCUCUCCGCUCACUGCGGAGGACAGAGGACAGAAUCACAGCGGAAUCUUCUGCAAAGGGACACGGGGAAGGGCUAUAGAGAGGAGUCGAAACCUACCAGUGCUACUGAGUCCCUUGGGAUAUCCGUCCAGGUUUUUCCUGCUCCUAUGAGGACUCAUCCAGGAUCCAUCACCACUUACUGAUCACCACACUGUAGAGGCUGCUAUGUCUGAACCCACGGAUCUUUCAGCAGCCAUGGCCCAACAUAGCGCUGAGCUGUCCCACUGCUAGGCGACGGGGCAUCCGAGAGGGCAGAAGACAUGUUGGGACAGAGGCCCGGGGACCACUGCACUGAAUUCUGUUACUAUAGCAACUACUGUAGUAACCAUGGAAACGCUUUGGAGGACUGGUCUGGUCUGCACUGUCAUCGUCGUCAUGGUUGCCACAGAGGUCGAAGGAGGUCACAGAGAUGAGUUUGUCCAGUCACAAGCUGCUUUCCUGUCCAGUCUAGGCCAGUAUGAGAUUGCCAUCCCAGUACGUGUAGGACCUAAUGGCCAGGCGCUGGAUGCAGAAAUGUCGCAACACCACAGAAGGAAACGCAGCACUGAAGAAAGACUGCCUGACUCUCUCUUCUACCAGCUGUCCACGUCACGUAACAACUUCCUGUUGAACCUAACGCUGCAGGGAGGCCUGCUGUCCCGGCAGUUCAGAGUGGAAUACUGGAAGAAAGGCCGAUUGGCCUGGAGUCAUCCUUACUCUCCCCACUGCCACUAUGUUGGACACCUCCAAGAUCAGCCGCACUCCAGCAAAGUGGCCCUGAGCAACUGUAACGGCCUGCAGGGGGUGAUUGUUGCAGGGGGAGAGGAGUACCUGAUUGAACCCCUUGUCUCACCAGAUAACCAGACCAGGCAGGAGAGGGGGGAGAGAGCAGAGGGGCGCCCCCAUGUGGUUUACAAGCGGUCGUCGCUCCGCCAUCAGUACAAGGGCCAAUCCUGUGGAGUCAUUGACGAGAAGCCGAUGAAAGGCGCAUCAUGGUGGCAACGAACUCUGAAGACGCCUCCUCAUCAUGUCGGGCGCGGCCAGCUGCCUCUGAAGCGCUCAGUUAGCCGGGAGCGCUACGUGGAGACGCUGGUGGUAGCCGAUAAGAUGAUGGUGGGUUACCAUGGUCGCAGGGACAUCGAGCAGUACAUCCUGGCUGUCAUGAAUAUUGUUGCCAAACUGUUCCAGGAUUCUAGCCUGGGGAAUGCAGUCAACAUUGUGGUUACACGGCUCAUCCUGCUAAUGGAAGACCAGCCAACACUAGAGAUCAACCACCAUGCAGGGAAGUCUUUAGACAGCUUCUGUAAGUGGCAGAAAAACAUCCAGCACCGCAGCAGCUAUGGCAACGCCAUACCAGAUAACGGGAUCGCUCACCAUGACACUGCUGUGCUUAUUACCAGAUACGACAUCUGCAUUCAAAAGAACAAGCCCUGUGAAACUCUAGGUCUGGCUCCUGUAGGAGGGAUGUGUGAGCCAGAGAGGAGCUGCAGUAUCAAUGAGGACAUCGGCCUGGGAACAGCCUUCACUAUCGCCCACGAGAUAGGACACACGUUUGGGAUGAACCAUGACGGGAUGGGGAACGCCUGCGGGCCCCGCAGCCAGGAGACCGCCAAGCUGAUGGCUGACCACAUCACCAUGAAGACUAACCCAUUCAUCUGGUCCGCCUGUAGCCGGGAUUACAUCACCAGCUUCCUGGACUCAGGUAUGGGCUCCUGUCUGAACAACAUCCCCCCCAAGCAGGAGUUUGUGUACCCCACCACAGCGCCGGGUCAGGCCUACGACGCAGACGAACAGUGCCGCUUCCAGUACGGCGUUAGAUCUCGACAAUGUAAAUAUGCGGAAGUCUGCAGUGAACUUUGGUGCAUGAGCAAGAGCAACCGUUGUAUCACCAGCAGCAUUCCCGCUGCAGAGGGAACCAUCUGUCAGACCAACACCAUAGAGAAAGGGUGGUGCUAUAAGAGGGUGUGUGUAGUGUACGGGACUCGUCCGGAGGGCGUGGACGGAGGCUGGGGUCUGUGGUCACCCUGGGAGGAGUGCAGCAGGACCUGUGGAGGAGGAGUCUCCUCGUCUAUCAGACACUGUGACAGCCCCAGGCCAACUAUUGGUGGAAAGUAUUGUUUGGGGGAGAGAAAGCGCUUCAGGUCCUGCAAUAUUGAUGAUUGCCCUGCAGGCUCUCGGGAUUUCCGGGAGAUUCAGUGCUCUGAUUUCAACAGCGUUCCUUUCCGGGGAAAGUUUUACACCUGGAAGCCAUACAGAGGAGGUGGGGUGAAGCCCUGUUCUCUCAACUGCCUGGCAGAAGGAUACAACUUCUACACAGAGCGUUCUCCAGCUGUGGUGGAUGGCACACCUUGCCGAGAUGACUCUCUGGAUGUGUGUGUAAAUGGAGAGUGUAAGCACGUAGGCUGUGAUCGAGUCCUUGGCUCAGACGUUCGCGAGGACCGCUGCCGGAUUUGUGGGGGUGACGGGAGCAGGUGUAUGUCUGUGGAGGGACUCUUCAAUGACUCGCUGCCCGAAGGAGGUUAUGAAGAAGUGGUCAGAAUUCCUAAAGGAUCAGUGUUCAUCCACAUACAAGAGCUCAACAUCUCCCUCAACUACCUGGUGCUGAAGAGUAAAGGGGACCAGUACUUUAUCAAUGGGAAGCUGACCAUUGACACACCACGCAGGUUCGAUGUUGCCGGUACCACCUUCCACUACAGGCGGCCCACUGAUGGACCAGAAACUCUUGAAGCUCUGGGGCCAACAAACAUAACCCUGACUGUCAUGGUGCUUGUGCGGGAGGAGAACCCAGGGAUCCACUAUCGCUUCAACCCCCCACUGAACAGGGAACCUCUGACUGGCUUUGCCUGGCACUACAACUCCUGGUCACGCUGCUCAGCUCUUUGCGCUGGAGGUGUGCAGACACAGCAGGUGGUGUGUAGGAAGCAGGCAGAUCAUUCAGUCGUCUACAACCACUUCUGUGACAAGAAGAACAAACCCAAAGAGAAGAGGAGAACCUGCAAUACUGAGCCGUGCUCUCCGUCCUGGUGGACAGGAGAGUGGUCAGAGUGCAGUCGCAGCUGUAACGGUGGCCUUCGGACACGGGAGGUGUUAUGUAAAAGGAGGAUCUCUGUGACGGAGGAGAAGGUCCUGGACGACUCAGCAUGUAUAACCCAGCGCCCUUCCCCCACUGAGCCCUGCAGCAACCACAGCUGCCCCCCUGAGUGGCUGGCCCUGGACUGGUCCGAGUGUACGCCCAGCUGUGGUCCUGGCUACAGGCACCGUGUGGUCUUGUGUAAGAGCGGGGAGAGCGGUGACAACCUACCAGAGUCCAAGUGCCCUAAACAUGGCCGGCCCACCUCCAGGGUACGCUGUAACCUGCAGCGCUGCCCUCCCCCUCAGUGGGUGACGGGUCCCUGGGGAGAGUGUUCUGCCAGGUGUGGUCUGGGUCAGGAGAUGCGUUCGGUGCAGUGUCUGACCCCCUCCCGCCAGCCGUCCAAUGAGUGUCUUGAACAUCAGCGGCCAGCAGGCAUGCAGCAGUGCAAGAGCAAAUGUGACCUCAAUCUGCCCAUCAGUACAGACAACCCCGAAGGCCAAAUGCCAGGAGGAUUUAUGUCAUUCCAUACAAGUCGUAUAAGUCUGAACAAUAAAGAGUGUAAAGAUGUGAACACUGUGGCCUACUGCCCCCUGGUGCUCAGGUUCAAGUUCUGCAGCAGGCCAUAUUUCAGACAAAUGUGCUGCAAAACCUGCCAGGGACACUGACCUGACACCGUGAAGCUCACAGCAUCCACUCUCUGGGUCCUGUACACACUCACAGUAAGCCUGAAACCCUCCCACUGAGCCUUGUAACAGCAGCCCUCACACUACCUCUAUCAGAGGAGUGAGAGAUCGAGCUGGAAUGCUGUCGGACUGACACCUGGUCCUGUUACUGUUAAAGAGGGACCUUUUUUCCAGCCGGAAUCCAGCACAAACCAGACGCCUCUCCGGGCCGAGCUGGGCCAUAACAGCCUGAGCUGAGUUUUACAUUCCACUGGAGGGAGGGCUGCAGAAACCUGGAGAGGCAGAGAGAGGGAGAGCGCAACUUCCCUCCAUCGCCUGUCUUUCUAAUGAUCCCUCUGUUGUAAUAUUUUGGUGCUACUAUAUUUCUCUUUGGCCGCAGGGCUGGUCGCAGUACUCUCUUAAACCUGUAUGUUAACAGGUGAUAUUUGUUUAGUUACGAAUUUAAAAAAUCCACUUUGUAAAGAAAAUGAUUUGCCAGAUAUCUUCGCCCAUGAAAAGGAAUAUCUUAUGCUAUAAAAUGAAAGAUUUGUUUCUAUGUUAUCUAAUAGUUGUUACUUGACCACAUUGUUUUUAUGCCAUUGCUUCGUUCCGUAUCAACGUAUUCAUCAAGUCCUCGCUGUUAUUCAGCUGAAGUAUGAGCAGAGUUUGAUUUGCACAGUGUGAGCAGUCAGAGGUCUUGUGUAUUUUGUGUUUGUUUUGAUUUGACUUGAUGUCUCUAUGGAAGCUAUAUAUGUCUCACUGCAGUGAACCUGCCGUAGUCUUGCCAUUUUGGUUAGUUUGCUUAAAUGUUAUCACCUCUACAGUAAAACGGAGCUUCAAGCUGCACAGGACACAUAGAGACACUUAGUGAUGUGAGCAAAGCCAGUGCUGACCAACCAGGACAUUUUUAGAUUAUAGGAUUUUUUUUUAGUGGCUGCGGCAGCUCGGCUCAGUGUCAUUAUCUGAAAAUCCCUCAGCGUAGGGCCUUGCUGUUCAUUUUUAUUUUUAUUCUUUUAUUUUUGCCACAUGUUACCACUCAAUCGACAGUGCUAGUAACUUUUACUGUGAGUGGAAACUCCGAGCACAGUGAGACACAGUUGAGUCAGCUCUGCCAGCAGGAACAGGCCCAGUGAGGAGGAGUGAAGACCUCUGACCGCACUGCUUUCAAACAGCAUUUUAUAGUAUGAGUGCUAAUCUGAGGAUGGAUUUACACACCCAUAAAAUAUCUGAUUUCUUUGUGGCAAUGAUCUGAUGUAUCUGAUGUAGUCAGAAACCAUCAUUAAGCCUGCUGUGGAAAGAUUUUUGCCACAGAUUAUUCUAAACUAGAGAAUUAUCAUUUAAACUAAUCUUCCAGUGUGAUAAUAGCUGAUUUUGUUUGACCAUGUGGGGGCAGUAGAAAUAAGUUGUUUUAAGUUGUUGAGUUGUUGAACUUGUUAGCAAACAAUUGCCUAUUUACACAUCCCGCAGUUACAGAGCAAUGUUCAUUUGGAGUCAUGUUUGUGUCCACCUGAUGAGUAUAAGUCAAUAUUCACUUUCUUUGAGCUCUGUUUUGGUCUCUACCGACUCCUGAUGGAAAUAUCUGUCUCUUUAGCUGCUAAAUGCUCCACUAUGUUCGCCUACUAUUCUCUGUCUGUCUGCCAUAUGCUGCUAAGCAGGUAGUGUACAGUGAUUUUUCUUAGAGCUUUUUCAUUGAAAACAGCUGCCUGCUGCAGCUGAAAAUUACUCAAUGAGAGCGAUGAGAGUGAACCAAAAACUGUAAAGUCGUGGGCUGAACAGCUAAACAAUAGUUUAAACUAUAGUUGCUUAAUUGAAUCGACACAGUCAGUGUAAAGCUGUGCGCUGAAUUCUCAAAAAGCCCAAAACCACUGUGCAAACCAAUGUCAGCUAUUGUCCUUCUAAAGAUCGUGAUGGGAUUAUGUCACCCUAAAGGUCAAAGAUUCCCAGCUAUUGUACAGGAAACAUCAUUGAAGAUUUUUUUUAUUGACACAGAUUUUAAAAAAUGCAGUUUCAGCUGUUUCUCCAUCCUGAAUACUUUUCGACACAAGAGAUCAGUCAUCACUGUGACGUCUACUGUGCUCUGCUGUGGCCGGUGUCUUCACAAACGUUCACACUGAUCAGCGCUGAAAGCAGCUCUGUGUAACACUACAUGUCCCAUCAUUUCAUUGUAAAGAGACAAAGCUACAGUUUGUCUUUAUGGGGAUUAGCUGCAAUGUUGUUUCUUUUGUUUUGUUUUAUUGUGGUGCUUUGGUUUGGAUUGGUGCUAUUAGUUCACUGUUGUUGUAAUUGUUAUCAUUUUAACAAUUGCGCUUUUAAUUAUUCAGAAAUCAAUUUGAGCCUGUUGUAACAAUACCAAUCUGCAGAGCUGGACCCCUCACCUACCAGCCAUCCUCUUUGGGUUCCUUUGUUCAUUUCUAUCAGAAUAUAAGCUUUUAAUGUACACUCCCUGACUUUGUUAACAUGGCCAGUAGUGCCUCAAAAUCACAAUGCAAAUUUUAGAAUUAUGUCAAAUACCGUAGCAAAUUCUGAAGGGGCACUGUACAGAUAUUGGCAUUUCCCAGCGCUCUUAACAUCUUAACAGUUUUAGGACUAUAAAAAUAACUUAUUUGGGCAGCAUAAACAAACAUUUAGGUUUUGGGAACGCCUUAACAAAUGUUUGGUACUCGGAUGGUGUGUAGGGCUCAAAAAAGUCAAAAAGUCUUGGGGUUUAGAAACGUAAACGUGGGGCAUAGAAACAUUAUUUAAUUUAAAGAUUUUUGUGCGGAUCAUUUGUAUGCCAUCAGUGUACAGCUAACUUCACCCCCACAGUUUUUCAUUAUUGAACACACCAUUUGUAUCAUUUAUCAAUUGCACACAAAGUUUCCGAAGAUAGUUCUUGUUUUAGUGUCUGAAAGGCGUUUUAUUUUCUCUGUAUCUACCUGUGCCUAUAAUAAAGGUUCACACUGAGAAGUGAGCCUGUUUUAUCUGAGUAAAUAAGAGGGACAGUACCGGUAAUUGUUGUUUUGUUUUGUCACAUGAUAAUUAUAACAUGACAUGUACUGUAUGUUGUUCAAUACUAUAGCAAAUGAAUCUGUUUGUCCCCCAUGUACAUCUUUUUAAAAGGAAAUAUUAAAUUGAUUAAACAUGACGCAUUGUUGAUUCUAA